UGAUAAUCUUUAAUUGUUAUCGAUUGGUUUAAUAGCAAUGUCUAAGAAGGCAAGAUUCAAUUAUAAUCAUGAUGUAUAUAAUAGUUACAUUAUAUUACAAAUCAGAAAGCUAAUAAGUGCUGUUUUAUUGCAAUAUGCACGCAUUUUAGUGCACGCACAAUUUUCUUAUACAUCACUGGAACAACCAAACUUGAAAAUCAUGGAUAUUCAAAGUCGCAAAAGCUCAGUAACCGUAGAAAAACUGAUGAUGAACAACUGGAACUUCCUCAGACAACAUCCUCCAGUAGUAGAGUAUCAGGAAACUCUUUUAAACAAAAGAAGCCUAGUUUACCUCAGAAAGAAGUUUCGAUGAGUCGACAAGCAUCAAGUAGAACAGUUGCAUCCAAAUCUAAUACCUCAAAAUCUUUGUCAACAUCUAAUAUAUCAGAAAAAAAUGUAGCGAGUAUUAAGACAAGAGAUAGUAGUAUUAAAAAGAGUAAUUUAGCUCAUAAUACAAAUACAAAGCCUACUAAAAUGUAUCAUCAGAGUACAUAUUCUGAAAAAAGAGGGAUUAGUAGUAUAUAUGUACCAAAAUCAAAUGUAAUUGGUAAUAGUUCAAAAGAAAAGAAAAAUACAGUAAAAGAUGUUAAGAAAAAGACAAUAUCAAAUAAUUCAGAGUCAGUAGAUAAAAAUGAUCCACAAUCUAAAGUACGUAGAAGAUCUAGAACAUUAAGUUCAUCUGAAGUUAAAGUAUUACAUACAGUUAUGCAAGAAACAUCUAAGAACAAAGAAAUGAAAACAAACACAAUACCUAAACAAAAAAGUACCAAUCAAAAUGAACACGAUGAAAAUUAUUAUACGGAUGAUUUUGAGGAAUAUGAAUCAGACUUUGAAGAAUGCACGGACGAUGAAAUAUUAGAAACUAGUGAAAGUUCAAGCGAUAAGGAAACUAAUUUGUAUCAAAGUCCCAUUGAACUUUCUACUAAAGAACAACAAAAAGUGGUACAUAAUACGAACAAUCAUAAAGCUGAAGAAGAAGAUAUGCAUGAUUCUGGUCACUAUGAAUUAGCAGAAGCAAAAAAACGAGCAAUGAUAAUAGAAACAAUGAUUACAAAGGGACAAAAUUUACCAUUACCAUUAUCAGAACUCCAACAAACAAUUAGCAAAGAGUACAGCGAGGAUAAAUCAUUUGAAAACAAAUCAUUACCAUUGUCCAUGGAUGAAGGCUUUGAAGAUACUAGGUCUGGUGAUUUUACUAAGUUACCAUCUCUUUCACAAGUUGCAUUGAUUGAUUUUUCGAAAAUUAAAGAUAAUAUUACUAAAAAGCAAGUAAUAACUACUGAGAAAUUAACAAAAUCCAAAAGCAGAGGAAAACAGUUACUAACUAUGAUCAAAUUGAAUACUUUAUCAUUUUCUUUAUUGGAAUGUGCACCAGUGCCAUAUGAUGAAUUUAUUAGAAUUUAUGGAAAAUUUCAUACUCAACAGAUGUAUACACAAACAGGUGAUGAUAGAUCAGAAGCUGAAACACAGACGAUUGAAAUAUUAAAUGUCAAUAAAUGGACACAAUUUCCCAUAAGUUGUAGCAUACGUAAUAAAGAAGAUAUACAUUUAUUUGCUAUGGAACAAGCUGGAGUUGGUAGUGAUGAUAAUCUUAAUUCAGGAGAAAUAGCAACACCAUCUUUUGAUAUAUUGCAAUUAAAUGAUUUUGUACAUCGUGCUGCCAACGUUAUAAUAACAUUAUUAGAAGAGAGAAAAUUUGGAGGAACCAUUUUUCAAAAUGAUGUACAAGAAAUAUCUGAAAGUGAUGGUUUUGUCAAAUUUGAUCUAGAUUCAAUAACAUUCCUUGCUGGUAGAGAAGUAACAAUGAUAAAUUAUUCUGAAAGCUGUAAUAAAGUUUUAUUGACUAUUCAUGCUCCUUACGAAGAUGAAAUAGAAACAGAACAAAAUCAUAAAGAUAUUACGGAUUAUUGUAUUGGAUGUGUAUGGAAUAUUUGUGAACCAUCUUUACCAACAAAAUUAUUUUAUUCUACAUCUCCUAUCACUGCAUGUUGUUUUCAUUCAACCAAUUACAAUAUAGUAUUUGCUGGACUAGAUGAUGGAUCAAUAAGUCUUUGGGAUUUAAAAGAAAAUGAAAUAUGGCAUCAUAAAGUUAAUAACAAUACCAAUAAUAAUGAUUGGAUUAUAAGAAUACCAACAUAUACAACAACAGGAAAUACAGACAUUUCAAUGCAUGAUUCAAAGAUAGUUGCAAUACGUACUUUAUCUAAAACAGAAGAAAUAUAUACAGAAAUAAGUAAAAACAAAUUCAUACCUACACAGUUAUGUAGCAUAGAUGAAAAUGGCCAUUUUAUUAUAUGGAGUGUAUUCUACAAUUUGGAAUCAAAUGUCAAUGAUUUAGGUUUGAGUCAAUGGGGUAAUAUAAGGCUAAUCAAAAGUCAAGACAUGUUUAUACAAUUAAACAAUAAUGGUACAAUUACUGACAUGUAUAUUGACAAUACUGAUUGUAAUGGCCUUUAUAUUGCAACUGAUGCCAGUGAAAUAUUGCACAGUACUUGUUUUAAUUACAAAGUAAAUCCUUCAAUGUAUAAACGACAAAAAAUAGCACCAUGUGGAAAUACUUCAUCUAUUGAAAUAUGUCCUUUUAAAGCAUCUUAUUUCUUGAUUGGCUGUAAUGACGGGACAAUUCUUCUUUAUUCAUCGAAUAGAGAAAAGCCUAUUUUACAAUUAAAACAUGAUAAUUAUAUAAAUAAAAUAACAGUAUUGAAAUGGUCAAGAUCAAAACCAUCGACAGUUUAUGUUUUAAAUAAUAAAUCGCAAAUAUAUACAUGCAAUUUGCAAAAUAAUGAAAUGCACUGUAUAAGUACUCAAUCAUUAAAAAAAUGGGGACAAAUAAAUUGUAUGCAAUUAUGUACUUGGAAAACUGAAAAUAAUAAGAUCACUCAAUAUCUGGUACUUGGAACAAACAUUGGUACUGUACUAGUUUAUAAAUUAAAAAAGGAAUCUUAUUGUUCCGAAAAAUCUGAAUUCGAAGAAGAACUACAAUCAUUUAUGAACUAUAUUACACUUUUAUAAUAAAAAUAUGAGACAAUAAGUUAACUGCAAAUAAGUGUGUAUUAAAAUAUUAUUUCAUUGGUGAUAAUAUUUACAAUUAUCGUUCAACAGUCUCAUAUUUAAUUAUCUAUAUAAUAAGUAUUUAAAAACAAAAAAAAUAAGACAAUCCAAACAAAAUCACUUAUUACAAACAAUUGUUAUUGUACUCUUUUUGA